AUGACCAGGCCUCGCCGGCACUCCGGCGCGAGCGAGGAGAGCUCGGGUACGGCUCGGGAGCAGGAGCUAGGGAGCAUGUAUGACUACCUGGCCAAGAUUAUAUUGCUUGGGCCCAGCGGAACUGGAAAGUCCUGCCUACUACACCGUUUUGUCAAGAAUGAAUGGAGAGUCUUAUCGUCGCAAACUAUCGGCGUAGAGUUUGCUACGAAGAUCAUCAAAGUUGGUACCGGGUCAAGGCGGAAACGGAUAAAGCUCCAGCUUUGGGAUACAGCUGGAACAGAGCGUUUCCGAUCAGUCUCUCGCUCCUAUUAUCGAGGCGCCGCGGGCGCUAUCCUUGUCUACGACCUCACCUCUCAUGCAUCCUUCCGAAACCUACAACCUUUCCUAAAUGACGCUCGAGCGCUUGCAUCACCGAACCUGAGUCUUAUGCUCGUUGGCAACAAACUAGAUCUUACUGAUACACUCGUCGACACAAGUCUUCCGCCCCCGACACCAACGAGCGUCACAUCCAACUCAACACUGACAUCUGGUAUGCUCGGCGCUGGAGGCAGCUCUUAUACAAGUACAGCCACGACUAGAGAUCGCGGGGCAUCCAUAAGCGCAGGAAGCCAACAAAGGGCCACAGUCGCACCAGAAGGCAGAGAAGUUACGCGAGCAGAAUCCAGUCGAUGGGCCAGCACAGCAGGAAUAUCAGUGGUGACAGAAGCGAGCGCAUUCAACGGCGAGGGCGUCGACGAGAUCUUCGAAAGACUAGCAAGAAUAAUUCUCACAAAGAUUGAAUUGGGCGAAAUCGACCCUGAUGACCCAGCGAGUGGAAUCCAGUAUGGCGACAGUGGUGGAUGGAACACAGCUAGUGACGGGGGCAGUAUCAAGAGUUCUAUGACAGGCGCCACUGUGGAAGAUGGGCAUAGCGGAUUGAGAAGGAGGAGGAAAAAGAACAGGACGCAGAACUGGGGACUACGGGAGUGGGAAGAGGUGUUUACGCUGAGCAAUCGGCGGAGAGGGGGCGGUUGUUGUUGA